AUGGCCGGCGGUGGCGUCGGGCUCUCUCCACUCGGGCCCGCACCGCCGAUAUGGUAUCACCGGGACCUCAGUCGAGCCGCGGCCGAGGAGCUGCUGGCUCGCGCCGGGAGGGACGGCAGCUUCCUGGUCCGGGACAGCGAGAGUGUCAACGGGGCUUACGCCUUGUGUGUCCUGUUUCAGAAGCACGUCCACACGUACAGAAUCCUCCCAGAUGAAGAAGGAUUCUUGGCUGUGCAGACGUCACAGGGCGUGCAGCCCAAGAGAUUCAAAACAUUGCCGGACCUCGUGUCGUCGUACCUGCAACCCAGCCAGGGUUUGGUGACGACUCUGCUUUACGCCGUCGACCGAGAGGAAAGCGCCAUCCCCGAUGACCGCGACUAUUCAGACGGCGAGGAUGAGAAGCCACCCCUCCCCCCUCGCUCAGCCUCCACCUCGAACCCUCCCGGGUCAGAUGCAUCCACUGAAAGUACCCCAACAGCCAAUGGCCUGAGUACUAUCUCCCACGAGUAUCUUAAGGGCAGCUACGCGUUAGACCUGGAGGCUGUUAAACAGGGAGCCUGCUCGCUGCCUCACCUCAACAAGACGCUUGUGUCCUCCUGCAAGCGUCUCAAUGGGGAAGUGGAUAAGGUCCUGUCUGGUCUCGAGAUCCUGUCAAAAGUCUUCGAUCAGCAAAGUGCCUUCAUGGUCUCCAAGAUGAUCCAACAAUCAGUGAAUCAGGGUGGAGACCAGGAGUUGGAGAACCUUGUGACCAAGCUGGCCAUCCUCAAAGACCUGCUCUCAUCUAUAGAGAAAAAGGCUCUGAAAGCUCUUCAGGACAUGAGUUUGUCGGCGUUGUGCUCCCCUCCUCCCCUCUCCAUGCGUCACAGCAAAGCCAUCCCCGUGCAGGCCUUCGAGGUCAAACUGGACGUCUACCUGGCAGAGCUGACCAAGAUAGGAAAGAGUCAGAAGUACACACUGUCUGUGGAUGUGGAAGGAGGUCGAUUGGUAGUGAUGAAGAAGGUGAAGGACAGCCAGGAAGACUGGACAACUUUCACACAUGACAAAAUCCGUCAGCUGAUCAAGUCUCAGCGGGUGCAGAAUAAGCUGGGCAUUGUUUUUGAGAAGGAAAAGGACAAGAGCCAGAGGAAAGACUUCAUAUUUGCUAGUGCAAAGAAGCGGGAGGCCUUUUGCCAGCUGCUCCAGCUGAUGAAAAACAAACAUUCCAACCAGGAUGAGCCUGACAUGAUAUCUGUCUUCAUCGGCACCUGGAACAUGGGCUCCGUUCCCGCUCCGAAAUCCGUGUCCUCGUGGGUGUCGUGCAGAGGACUGGGCAAGACCCUGGACGAGAUGACCGUCACCAUUCCGCAUGACCUGUACGCGUUUGGCACGCAGGAAAACUCCGUGUGCGACCGGGAGUGGGUGGAGUCGCUGCGAGUCAUGUUGAAAGAGCAAACGGAACUGGAUUAUAAACCGAUAGUGGUGCAGACACUAUGGAGCAUAAAGGUCGCUGUGCUGGUGAAGCCAGAACACGAGAACCGCAUCAGCCAUAUUGGAAUGUCCAGUGUCAAGACUGGCAUCGCCAACACGCUUGGUAAUAAAGGCGCCGUGGGUGUCUCUUUCAUGUUCAACGGAACAUCGUUCGGUUUUGUCAACUGUCACUUGACUUCGGGGAAUGAAAAGAUUGCAAGGAGAAACCAAAACUAUCUGGACAUUUUGCGUCUGCUUUCGCUCGGCGACAAACAGCUGAGCUCCUUUGACAUUUCACUGCGCUUCACGCAUCUUUUCUGGCUGGGAGACCUCAAUUACAGACUGGACAUGGACAUUCAGGAGAUCCUGAACUACAUUAACAGGAAGGAGUUUGAUCCACUGCUGAAAGUGGACCAGCUAAACCUGGAGAGGGAGAAGAACAAAGUAUUUCUACGCUUCGCGGAGGAAGAGAUCUCGUUCCCGCCCACGUACCGCUACGAGCGCGGAUCGAGGGACACGUAUGUUUGGCAAAAGCAGAAAGCCACUGGAAUGAGGACGAACGUUCCAUCCUGGUGUGAUCGGAUCCUGUGGAAGUCUUACCCAGAAACACACAUCGUUUGCAACUCCUACGGGUGCACUGACGAUAUUGUGACUAGUGACCACUCCCCGGUGUUUGGCACAUUUGAGGUGGGCGUGACGUCGCAGUUUGUCUCCAAGAAAGGGUUGCCCAAAUCUUCCGAGCAGGCUUACAUUGAAUUUGAGAGCAUCGAGGCCAUCGUGAAGACCGCCAGCAGAACCAAGUUCUUCAUCGAAUUUUACUCCACGUGUUUGGAAGAGUUCAAGAAGAGUUACGAGAACGACAGCCAGAGUAGCGAUAAUGUGAACUUCCUCCGCGUGGGCUGGUCCAGCAAGCAGCUGACGACGCUCAAACCUCUCCUGUCGGAGAUCGAAUACCUUCAGGACCAGCACCUGCUCCUCACUGUGAAAUCCGUGGACGGAUAUGAAUCUUACGGAGAGUGCGUCUUGGCGCUGAAGUCGAUGAUCGGCAGCACGGCGCAGCAGUUCCACACUUACCUGUCUCAUCGCGGAGAGGAAACGGGAAACAUCAGGGGCUCCAUGAGGGUCCGAGUCCCUUCGGAAAGGAUGGGAACCAGGGAAAGACUCUAUGAGUGGAUCAGUGUGGACAAGGAUGAAGCCGGCGUACCUAAAGGGAAAUCAACUCUCUCUUCCAGAGUGGGCCACGAAUAUGUGAAGCCUCCUGUGGUUCGUAAACAAGUUGGAGAGCUGGGCAAGGUCAGUGAAGAGCUCGAGAAGAACUGCAAGGAGGACACCGCGGCAAGGCCGAAGCAGGAUUCGUCCGACGCCGAUCAGUCUGUGGGCAAGAACAGCUACAAUAACCCCGCCUACUACAUUUUGGAAGGCGUUCCCAAUCAGUCGGCCGCCGCUUUGUCCUCCGAGCUUCUCCCGUCCCCCGCGGCCACCGCCCCCCCGGCUACCAAGCCCCCGCCUCCCGUCGCGGUAGCUCGGACCAAACCCCCGUGCGCCCCCGUUGGACCUUCUCACCCCCGCAGGACCGUGACGGGCCACACGGUGCGCGCCGUCACUGAGGAGGGCUCCUCAGAGGACGACGGAGGAACUUGUGUAGGGGGGGCCGCUGUGGGGAGCACACUGAAUCUGCCCCCUCCGGACUUCCCACCCCCUCCUCUCCCCAAGGGGGCCAUGGAGAUGGCCGCGGACGCGCCUUUCCUGAAGCCCCGCUCGCUCCACCCGGAUCUCGCCGAGGUCAAGAUCCCCGCGGCGGGUCCCGGUCCCCCGUUGGGCCUCGGGGAGAGCUUCAGGCGAGGAGGCGGCGCCGUCGGCGGAGGGGUGCUGGACGACCAGUCCUGUUCCGUGCUGCAGAUGGCGAAGACGCUGAGCGAGACGGAGUUUCCAGGGCAGCCCCCGCGCGCUCCCUCCGCGCCGCCUCCCCUCCGGGGGCAGGCCGCGGGUUUGGGUCUGGACGCCUGCCGCACCUUCCCACCCAGAAACGCCAUCGCGGAAAGUAUCGCUGAGGAUCUUCCCGAAGAGGCACUUUGGGGCAGCAGCAGCUCGUCCUUGUCCGUGGGGGACUCCUCGGUGGGGGAGUGGCUGCAGAGGCUGGGACUCGAGAGGUACGAGCAGGGCCUCUUGCACAACGGCUGGGACGACCUGGAAUUCCUCAGUGACAUCACUGAAGAGGACCUGGAGGAGGCAGGCGUAUUCGACCCCGCUCACAAGUGUAUCCUGCUGGAGAGCCUCAGGCAGCAACAGAAAGUCUAGCAAAACGGGCCCGAGGACGUUCGGGACGUGUCAGCGGAACGUUUCAAAUCCAACGUGCCUUCUCCGGGACCGUGCACCCCCCCCCCACCCCCCCACCCCCACCACCUUUUUUUUUUUUAACUCUUGACUCGCCGGCAGCAUCCCUUUUUCAAAACAUUCUUCGUAGACGAGGGGUCAUCCGAAGGUCAUCGGAUCCCGCAGCGAUACCGAAGGAUCUCGUUGUCGCGAGAAGCAAAUAACACGAUCGCCGGAGAGGAAUCUCCCGGGCCGUUCUAACUUCGGACUUGAAACUCGGGGCGUCCCGCGCCAGCGUCUCGACAUCCGAGCCUCGUCCGGCCUCUCCUCCGCUCUCGACGACGAAGCGGGCCGCCUCUCGGGUGUUUCCCCACCGGUGGUCGCGACCUGAAACCUGACGCGGGAGGAAGUCUACCCGGUUGAAUGUCAAGCCACAGAGAGGCAAACAAAGCGGGGCAGCCCGCUUUGGGGGCGUCAAAGGACCGAGAAAGUGACGUGGACUGAAAUCACACCUUUUCGCUUUGGACUUCAGUUUCAGUGUUUUGAAUAUAUUUAUAGCUGUUCUCGUGAGGGUAAAGGGAAAACGGCGCAAACCAGUACCGAAAAAGCGACGCGUGCACACGUCGGCCGUUCGUCUGCGACGCACGCGUCUCGUCGUCGUUGCGCUUUGUUGCGACGUCGCCGGUCGCACAAAUGCUUGAAAAGGGACGGCACCGGGCAGCCGCUUGACGUUUUCAAUUUCACCGUGACGGCGUGACCGCAGGUUUCACGCUCUUCAUUAACGUCACAUUUUUGUAGCCGAUUGCUAAAAAAAAAAAAAAAAAAAAAAGCCGUUUAAGAUGUACAGGAAUCGACUGUCGUGUUGCGACACGGGGAACUGCUGGUCGCCCACAUUUCAAACGGAAUCUUUUCAAAGCCGGCGAGGACCACAAAGGAGGUCUAAAAAGUCAGCGGGAAAGGAAAUUUCUGUGGCUUUGGUGAUUGGACCACUAGAUGGCGCUGCUACACCGUUAAGCCUUGCACAGCUCCUGACUAGAAAAGUGAUGACAAGUCAGUUUUGACCUCACUCAGUGUUAGAAAUAAUAAAUAAUUCAGAGUUAUGUUUCCUGGUCAAGGUAAUUUCACGAGUUCUUGAUCUAGUUCCGGUUCUCAAGGCCGUUGUAGUGUUCCGGGCGGGCUUAUAUCGUCACACGUGGAUUAGAAUUAACCUCAUGCUGCAAUUUGUGUGGCCUGCCAAACUGCUCCGGAUGUUAAAUGUUGUCGUGUGUUAGCGUCGCCGUUUCGCACGCUGUACGUCCACAUCGGAUUGAUCUCGUCUUGUCGUGAAAAGGAAAAAAAAAAAAAAUAGUUUGACACAUUCACCUGUCGUGUGCGCGUUGACAUCCCGUCUUGUUCUUUUCUGAGUCUCAUAGUUGUGUUAACUUAAUGCCAAUUGUGUAGCCACCUCAUUUUGUUUUUCAAUUAAAGAUGUAACAUGUUUCCUUAC